AUGCAGGAGCGGGUGCCUCAGCGCGGUGUGGGACAGCAGCAGCAGGAGGAGGAGAAGUUGAUAGAGAGAGAGGGCGCAGGAGGAGAUGCUCAGGGGAGAGACAGGAAGGAGGAGGAAGAGAUGCCCAGGGGAGAGAUCAUCCAUGGUCGAGAAAUCCUCCGAAUGAAAACGCUUCUGGAUUUGUUUGUGAAGACUGUCCAGAAAGAAGAAGCCAUCACUCUUAAAGACUAUAGGGCAGAUCAGCUGAAAUAUCACCUGCGUCAGGAUUUCCCACAACUCAACUUCCACAAGCCAUCCAAAAGAAAUACAAGUGAAAUUGUAUUCACAGACACCUUGGGAGCAAGUGAUCUCCUGGAACACCUACCAUGUGGCCCAACAUCCAGUACAGAGUCAAGCGACUCUGAGCAGACAACUGAAUCAGGGAAACAAGCCAAACGUCGCAUCAUCAACCUCCAAAGAAUGUCCGACAUCCUAGCUCCUGGUCUUGUGACAAACCUAACAGCGUUUGCUCAUAACCACUCAUAUGUGGUGGUCACCUGGUAUCUGCCCCAGCGCAUCAACGGUCUCAUCACCAAGUUCAGUGUGAACGUCAAACAUGCACGAAACGGAAUGGUGGUGCAGACUCGGAGAGUGGACGCAGAGGAGAUCAUGAGCAUUAAACUGCCGCACUGCAAUGAUGCAGCAGAAAUCCUCUCCCGGGCCACUGUGAGUCCACUGGAGAUGACCGCGUCGUCUCCCCCCAUCACCCACUCAGCGGUACCCCCAGCAGCGCUGUGGCAAGUUCCCAUAUCCGUUGGAGUAGAUAAUCUUCGACCGUUCACUCCGUAUCUGUUUGAAGUGUCUGCCUAUACCUCCGAGGGAGAGGGAAAAACUGGCUCGGUCAUGGUCCACAUGCCAGAAUCAGCCCCCAGUGCUGUCCAGGCGCUCUUAGCAGAAGCAGAAGACUCUCAGACCAUCAGAGUGAGCUGGAGGAGUCCCGCUCAACCGAAUGGUCCCAUCACUCACUACAGACUGCAGGUCCUGGUGGAGGAGAGCCUGCUCCAGGACAUCACCCUCACUGCUCCUCUGGUGUGGAGAUUUUAUAAUGAUAGUGCCACUGGCUUUUAUGAGGAGAGGACAUUCACCAACAGUCCUGGAAGGCGUAAGAGAAAUGCAGACUUCAUUACAUCGCCUCCCUCCUUCACGCCUUCAGUCUCUAAACUCUCUUCUGACACUUCCGCCAUAACUGAAGGCCUAAACACGAGCCCUGCUUUCACCCCCUCAUCCACGGAGGAGUUUUUUUCCAGCAUGCCCUCCGACAGAUCCACCAAUGCUUACUCAGUCACCUCUGGGCCGCCUGUGACCCUACCGCCUUGGCUCAUGAGGCAGUCCAGAACUGAUGUGACCGAUGGCUCUCUGAGCACUGCGUAUCAUGCUGUAAACACACGCGAGGCUUCUGUCACCGGGCCCUACACUUCUACUACCGGAUCUGCCAGCACAGCCCGUGUCACAGUGAGAGAAGAGGUGCUGGAUUCGCUGUCAGAGGAGAUGUCAUACUUAGUGUCAGAUUUGAACCCUUUCACCGAGUACACGUUUAGGGUCAGUGCUUUUACCACUGUGGGGCAGGGUCCGGCCGUAGACAUCACGGAGCAGACCAGAGAACAGGUACCCAGUGCCGUGCUAAACGUGACCUAUCACAACAUGAGCUCCUCUUCCAUCCUGCUCACCUGGGAGCCUCCCAUCAGCCCCAAUGGCAGGAUAACACACUACACCAUCUAUGGGGUCCAGCUGCACCAUGGGCAGGAGCUGCAGUGGGAGAGCAAUGGCACUUCUCUACUCAUAACAGAUUUAGAAAAAUAUACAAGCUACAAGCUCGGGGUAGCAGCCUCUACAGCAGUUGGAGAGAGUGAUCUGACUGAUGAAGAUUAUGUCUAUGUGUAUACUGAGGAGGAUGUGCCAGACUCUCCUCCCACUAACCUGACUGUGGUAGACACCAGUCCCUCCACUGCCACUCUGUCUUGGGCCCCCCCAGACAAGGCCAAUGGAGUUAUUCAGUAUUACCAAGUCACAUUUGGAAAUGAAUCGUUCAACACAUCUAUAAACACCACUUCUAACAGUAUCACGCUUUCAGACCUCAGGCCGUUUUCAUUCUACAAUGUGACAGUGAAAGCAUUCACUCGCCUGGGCCAUGGAGACCAACAAUCAGAGUCAUUACAGCUGCUGUCUGGAGAGGACGUCCCGGGCGGACCACCAAACAACCUGUCCUACGAGUCCAUCAGCCCCAGCGAAGUGAACGUGACUUGGCUGCCUCCGGAGUUUCCUAACGGAAACAUCACACAUUACGGCCUGGAACUUUCGAACUCCACUACCUUCCUCAACCUCACUUCCAGCAGCCCGCAUCUGCUCAUCCAGCACCUCAAGAAGUUUACAGAGUACCGCAUCCGGGUGCAGGCCUACACUCGGGUGGGGCCGGGGAACUUCAGCCUCCCUGUCAACAUCACCACGCAGGAGGACGCCCCUGAUACCCCACCUCAGUUCCUGCUUGCCACAAAGUUAUCAGACUAUGAGGUGGAGCUGUCCUGGAAGGCACCGCUUAAAGCCAAUUCUGACAUUCUGUACUACAAAGUCCAUGUUUGGAAUGAAACAAGCGAGCAGUGGCUAAACGUGACUGGGACCUCAGUGGUGAUUAACGUGGACUCUGAAAGCCCCUACAAUGCCUCUGUCUCCAGCUGGACGCGCUUGGGAGACGGAGGGGUGCUAGUGUACAUCAGCUUCUCCACCAGUGUGUCAGAGCCAUUUGACCCGCCACAGAAUGUGACCAUUGGUGACAUGACCUUCUCCUCAGUCGUUUUAACAUGGCUCCCACCAAAACAACCUAAUGGAAUUAUAGUGCACUACUCUAUCUACUACCAAGACGUCAAUGUGACAGAACAGAAAGUGUACACCAAAGACCUGAACUUGUCCUCUCCUGCCACUGGCCUGUCCUACACGCUGAGCGGGCUGACCGGAGGAGUCCACUACAGUGUGUGGAUGACCUCCAGCACCGCGCAGGGGGACGGAGGAGUGAGGACGCAGUCUUUCAAAGUACACUUACCAGAGGGAGUGCCCAGUGAUUCAGUGCACAACCUCAUCGCCACCAUUGCUGGUGCCCAGGCCAUUUCGGUAAGCUGGGACCCACCUCUGGAGCCCAAUGGACGUCUGUAUUACCAGCUCACCUUAGAAGAAGAAAUCCUCCCGCCUAAUACCUCAAACCCAGGCCGUCCACUCAAGAUUAUCAGAAACACAACAGAUACGGCCUUUCUGUAUACCAGGCUCAGGAUAUAUUUCCCCUAUGUGUUCAGUGUUACCCCAGCAACAGCAGCAGGCAUCGCCUACAACCACACAAGUACGCUGCGGCAGCGGACACGUGAUGAAGCUCCCACGUCACCUCCUGUGCGAGUCUCCGAAAGGAACCUCUCAAUGUCCUCCAUCGCUCUCGUAUGGCAACCCCCUCUUCAGGCUAAUGGGGAGAUAACAGAGUACACUCUCAAGUUGUCUGGCCCCAGAGGCACCAACACCACCACUACUGCUAACACUUCAUAUGUGCUCACCAACUUGCUCCCAUACACGGCCUACAACGUCUCCAUCUCAGCCGCCACACGCAAAGGCCCGGGUCCCCCUCUCAUACUGCACCUGCAUUCAGACGAAGGAGGGCCCAUGUCUCCACCUCGUAACCUGAGCAUAUACAACUACACUGCGGUGUCGGUGUGGCUGAGGUGGGAGCCGCCCCUGGAUCCCAAUGGAGUGGUGACGCACUACGGCUUCAGGAUCCGGGAGCUCAUCACACAAAACGUCACACUCCAGAACUCUUCUGGGCCAUCCACCAUGGAGUAUCUGUCGGAGUUUAAACCACAUCGCUCUUAUGAGAUCAGUGUGUGCAGCUACACGCGCGUAGGACACGGUGACCAGUUCAGCAGCCCGGUCACCUUCACAACCAACGAGUCAGUAUCUGACAGCGUGAACAGCCUCUGGUGCGUUGGAGUGAGCUGGGACUCUGUGCAGUUGAAGUGGGAGCGUCCAGACAACCCCAACGGACAGAUCCUAUUUUAUGAGAUCACAGUGGAGGUGAAUGCAGAGCGGCUGCAGCACCACACACACACAGCAGACUACACGGUGUCCGGCUUGGCCCCAGAACAGCCCUACACCCUGACUGUGGCUGCGGUCAACUCUGCAGGGCCUGGGGAGGGGGUCAACUGUACCGCCAACACGAUGUCUGAGUCAGUCCCAGCUGCCCCUCGUGAUCUGACUCUCUCGGAUAUCAGCGCUAACAACAUUACUCUGGAGUGGUCCCCGCCGCUCUCCAUCCCGGGCCUGCUCAGACAGUACCAAAUAAUUGCACAGCUGUUGUCCAGUGUUUGUGAAUCGUCCCUACCUAUUAUAAAAGACUCCCCGGACUGUGUGGAGAACAGUUUUGUGUUGUCGCUGAAUGUUUCCAAUGGGACCACACACGAGCACAAUGUCACAGUCCAGGCCUUGUCUAAAUACAGAUACUACCGCUUCAGAGUUGCUGCAGUCACCAGCGCUGGGGUGGGAGAAUACACUGCCUGGGUGUUUGGCCGCACACUGGCAGGAGACCCUGAUGCCCCCCCUCGAAAUCUCCGCGUAUCCUCCACGGCCAACAGUCUGCAUGUGGCGUGGGAUGAGCCAGCCAUUCUUUCUGGCCCCACCAAAUACCUCAUCCAAGUAGAGGGUCCUGGGCUGAACUUGUCCCUUGUGCGGGGUCCAUCAGAGGGACACAGUGUGGUGGUGCCUAACCUGACGGCUUUCUCCACUUACCACGUGACCGUUACGGCCUUCACCGGCCCGGUGCAGUCUGCAUCCACUGAUGGAAUGGCCAUCGGCCCUUUUGUGUUCCAGACAUCAGAGGAGGAGCCCAAGAGCCCCCCCACCAACGUGACUGUAACAGUCAUCCCAGAGGAGGUGAACAGUGUCAAGGUGAGCUUCUCUUCUCCAGAGGAGCCCAAUGGGAACAUCACAGCCUACUACGUAUACAUCUACCAAGGGCCCAACAUGGUGAAGAAUAUCAGCCUCAUGGUGGAGCACAGCCAGCACAACCAGAUGAGCGCAGUGAUCGAUGGUCUGAAGGGAGGUCACAACUACACUAUACAGAUCUCAGCCAGGAACGGAGCAGGGAGGAGCCCCCCCAGCCCCAGUGUCCAGAUCACCACAGCCAUCAAAGCCCCGGCUAAGCCCGACCAGAUACCCCAGGCGAUGCUAGGCCACCGAGGGGUUGCCAUGGUAACCCAGAGGAGUAUCGCCAUCCACAUGCCUGCCUGUUUCUAUAGUGACGACAACGGACCAAUCACAAAAAUCCAGGUCAUCGUGGCCGAGUCAGGGGUGAAAGAUGCUGAGAACGUGACGAACUGGAGAUCUGCGUUCUCCCGCUCCCCGGCCCCUUACAUCACAGACCAGGGUUUCCCCAACCCUCCCUGUGAUACCCCAAGCGGAAACACAGACAGGAGGAUACAGCCCCUCCUGUGGGGGGACAAGCCCCCACUGCUGCUGAGCAACCUCACAGGAAUUUAUGUGAUCGGCCUCAGGGACGACUGCUUCAACGAGUCGGACACAUACUGCAAUGGGCCCCUGAAGCCCAACACACUCUAUGUGUUCAAAUUCCGUGCCACAAACAGCAAAGGAGACCACACCGACUCGGAUUACUCUGAGCCAAUCAAAACAAACGCCAAUGGGCUUCUCACCAGAGACGAGCAGAUCAUCCUGGGAGUGCUGUUGUCGUUUUUCCUGGCAGUGUUGCUGAUAAUCAUCAUCUGCUGCUCCGUCAAAAUCCACCAGCACAAGAAAGAAGGAGGCACGUAUUCCCCCCGAGAGGCCGAGAUCAUCGAGACCAAGUGCAAGCUGGACCAGCUGAUUGCCAUCGCAGACAUGGAGCUCAAGCAGGAGAAAAUCAAUGGGCCCGUCAAUAAGAAGUCCUUCCUGCAGCAUGUGGAAGAUCUGUGUAGCAACGACAAUGCCAAGUUCCAGGAGGAGUUUGCGGCACUGCCAAAGCUGCUGCAGGACCUGGCCACCACAGAUGCAGACAUGCCCUGCAACAGGACCAAGAAUCGCUUCCCCAACAUCAAACCCUAUAAUAACAACCGAGUGAAACUGCUCUCCCAGCCGGGCUCUGACGGUUCCGACUACAUCAACGCCAGCUUCAUCUCUGGAUAUCUGUGUCCCAACGAGUUUAUUGCCACCCAAGGACCCCUCCCCGGUACGGUGGCGGCCUUCUGGAGGAUGAUCUGGGAGACGGGCACCCGCACCAUCGUCAUGCUCACUCAGUGCUUCGAAAAAGGCCGUAUCCGUUGUCACAAGUACUGGCCAGAGGACGAUAAGCCCAUGUCGGUGUUCAGUGACAUUCUGGUGUCGAAAGUGUCUGAGGAGGUCUUCCCCGACUGGACGGUCAGGACGCUGAGAGUGGAGCGGCAUGGACACUACAUCCUUGUGCGUCACUUUAACUACACAUCAUGGCCAGAGCAUGGUGUACCCGAGUCCUGCUCCACACUCCUCAAGUUUGUGCGGGCUGUGCGCACCCACAGGCUGGAGACCAGUACCAUAGUGGUGCACUGCAGUGCGGGCGUGGGCCGGACAGGCGUCUUCCUCUCUCUGGACCACCUCAUUCAGCAUGUCCGGGACCAUGACUUUGUGGACAUCUAUGGCCUGGUGGCUGAGCUGCGCAGUGAGAGGAUGUGCAUGGUUCAGAACCUGGCCCAGUACAUCUUCUUGCACCAGAGCACGUUAGAACUGCUGAACAGCAAAUCCAACAGCCAGUCCAUCUGGUUUGUGAGCUACUCAGCUUUGGAGAAGACUGACUCUCUGGAGGGCAUGGAAGGUGAUGUUGAGCUGGAGUGGGAGGAGACCACCAUGUGA